ACUAACUCGAUUCCAACAUGCAGAACGUUGCGGAAUUUAGUGACAAAAAUAUCAAGCUGCGGUCAACCCAUUCAGAAGAUGAGAGGUCAACUCUUUCUCCAGAUUUUGAUUCGGACAACGCACGUGUCAACUCCAUGUCGAAGGUUGUAACGAAUCCGUUGAUUCUCAAAGCUAUUUUUGCCAAGCUCAGCCUCCCCGAUUUGAAGACGUCUCGUCUCGUCUGUCACGACUGGAACGACGUCGCCUCCACCGUACUAGGAAAACGGGUUUAUUUCCAGCUCAACAAGCUUUUUUCCUGCGAAAUCUCCAACUCUAAUGAGGUGCCCCCCGUCAACGACCAACUGACGCGACGCCUCCUCAUCUCCGACAAGUUCGACCGAUCCGUUGGGUCGGACAAGCUGAAUGCUGACGUUAUCGCAAAAGGGCUCACCCACGUGUCCGGAUUAACUCAUGAAAUCAAAUUUCUCGCCGCCGAGAAGGAAUUUAUCCCCGCUUUCCUCGAAGGAAUUAGCACCUUGGGGUCCACAAAUAUCCAGCGCAUUGACAUCCGCAGCGCCUGGGAACCCCACAUUGACUUCACAAUUCCAGCCGAGGCGUGUCUCAAGCUCCCCCCGCAACCUGCCUUGACCUCGCUCAGGUUCCAUGUUAAGCCAAUCUUUCGACUUGACUACACCACCGUCGGCCUGGAAUUUCAAUCCCUUACUAAAACCUGGCUCGAUUCUGCGCCCAAUUUGACCACGCUGGAUAUCGCGGCGUUUCUCUGUCCGAAUUUGGAGGGGUGCAGGAAUCUCAAAGUGCUGAAAUUUAAAUUCUUAAUGUGCUAUGGGCAUGCACGUAACCCCAACUACUUGGGCAAUGUGAUCAAGAUGCUGGGACAGGUGAAGGAUUCUUUGAUCGAGCUGGAAUUGUCCCAGGCUAAGAGGCAGGGCGGUGAGGUGGAGGAGAUCCAAACUUUUGCCAAGCUUCCCGUCCUACCAAAACUUACCAGGCUCUCCAUCCGCGCCAUAAAUGCGUACCGGAUUCUUGGCUUCUUUGAUGACAUCCACUUCCCAAAAUUAAAAACCCUCUGGGUCCAGAACAAAGCAAGAUGUUCGAUGUCAUACGAUCUAGAAGUGUGGAGGCGCCACAGCCGAGUGGAAUUUCUCGCGUUGACCGUGGAUUUCUGGUGGGGAAAGGAGGGGAAAUUACCUGAAAAAAUGAUCCAAUUAUUCCCCGCCGUUAAGGAAUUCGACUUGACGAUGAAAGAGAUGUGGUCUUUCCCCAUUUCCUCCGUCAACCGGGGUAUGAAAUCGUUCAAAAUGUGGGACUUGAAACGGGUCAAGGUCCUCGUGAAAGAGUCCUCGGAGUUGAUUGAAGUUCUCAGAGCUGUGUCCCUUUUGAAAGGAAUUAAAAGUGUCCAUUUCUAGGACACUAGUAUCACGGAAAAUAAAUUUUCUCCCCACAUUCAGGAUUUCAUCAUGCUGAGCAAAGGAUUUAAAAGAGUAGAAAUCUCGGGAACCGUGGUACCGAAAAUUGUGGAACGAAUACGACCCAUCUUUGAAGCCAGUGGUGCACCCAUUCAUUUCACGGGAGGGGUGGUUCACAAGGAAAUCGACGUGUUUUAAGAGACCAGAUUUGAUUGAGGAAGUAAAUAUCCCAUCUUGAACUAUGUCGAACGCGUUUGGAGAAUAAAUUUGUGCACAAAAAUUAAAAGAAAUCCUUCGGUACAAUAAAUAUUUUAAGAAAGUUUG